UCGGGAGCCGAGCGGCCGGCGAGGCAGAAGGUUGUGGACAGGGUGCGGAAGGACAUCGCUCAUAGCACUGGGAGAGUGACGAGUCCUUCCUUUUCCGGUGGAGGCUGCGGCGGACACGGGCAGGAGCACGAGUGGCUCCGCCGCCGCCACCAUGGCUUGCGCUCGGCCGUUAAUAUCCGUCUACUCUGAGAAGGGGGAAGCAUCAGGCAAAAAUGUCACCCUGCCUGCUGUGUUCAAGGCCCCCAUUCGCCCCGACGUUGUGAACUUCGUUCACACCAACCUGCGCAAGAACAACCGGCAGCCCUACGCUGUCAGUGAGCUUGCAGGUCAUCAGACCAGUGCUGAAUCCUGGGGGACUGGGAGAGCUGUUGCUCGUAUUCCUCGAGUACGAGGCGGUGGAACUCACCGCUCCGGCCAGGGUGCCUUUGGAAAUAUGUGUCGGGGAGGCCGCAUGUUCGCUCCCACCAAGACCUGGCGCCGCUGGCACCGGAGGGUGAAUAUAACUCAGAAGCGUUACGCCAUCUGCUCUGCUCUGGCAGCCUCUGCUCUGCCAGCACUCGUCAUGUCCAAAGGUCACCGCAUCGAGGAGAUUCCAGAACUUCCUCUGGUUGUUGAGGACAAAGUUGAGAGUUACAAGAAAACCAAGGAAGCUGUUCUCCUCCUUAAGAAGCUGAAAGCUUGGAAUGACAUCAAAAAGGUUUAUGCCUCCCAGCGUAUGCGGGCCGGAAAAGGUAAAAUGAGGAAUCGCCGUCGCAUCCAGCGCAGGGGACCUUGCAUCAUCUACAAUGAGGACAACGGUAUCAUCAGAGCUUUCCGGAAUAUCCCAGGAAUCACUCUCCUGGAUGUGAACAAGCUGAACCUGCUGAGACUGGCUCCCGGGGGCCACGUGGGGCGUUUCUGCAUUUGGACAGAAAGCGCUUUCCGCAAACUGGACGAUCUCUACGGCACCUGGCGCAAAGCUGCCACCCUCAAGAGUGACUACAACCUGCCCAUGCACAAGAUGACCAAUACGGACAUUGGAAGGAUCAUGAGAAGCCAGGAAAUCCAGAAGGCGCUGCGUGCUCCCAAGAAAAAGAUUCACCGCAGAGUCCUGAAGAAGAACCCACUGAAGAACCUGCGAAUCAUGAUCAAGCUGAACCCUUACGCCAAAACCAUGCGCCGCAACACCAUCCUGCGCCACGCGCGCAACCACAAACUGAAGGAGGAGAAGAAGGCAAAGGCCAAGGCCAAGCUGGAGGGCAAGGCCCCAGCCGAGCCCAAGGCAGAGCCCACCAAGGCCACCAAGGCGGAGCCCACCAAGGCCACCAAGGCGGCUGCCAAGGCCCAAGCGUGAAGAGUGGGUGGUGCUUCCUCCCCUCCGGGUCACCAAACCUGCACCCCAGUGCUGCAAAUAAACUGGUGGAACAGAGAAAUGAC